AUAUUUUCUAAAGCUUUUGAAAGUAUCUUAUAGAAUACUAAAAAACAAAAAAUUCCCUUCUUAUAAUUUUUUUAGUUAAAUUUUCUGAAUGGUUUAUAUGCUCUUCUCAGUACUUUUCCCAAGCCAGAGAUGACUAGCCAUUUAAAUAGUAACUCAAAGGAGUUAUCCCUAGAUAAUUUCUCCAAAGAUAACUACUUCGGCACACAUGGCGAUGGCUUGAUGGAUGAAGCUUACAAUGAUUUAAAUGAAGAUAAUAAACUAACUGAGAAUAUUAUACAUGACCAAUUUUGGAAGACAAAACUUUGUUUAAUGCAUAGUAAAGGAACUUGUAAAAGAGGAGUAGAUUGUCGUUUUGCUCAUGGUUAUGAGGAAUUACGAAGCCCUGUGAAUUUAAAAAAGACAAAACUGUGUCCUUUUUGGCUGAACUCAUCUUGUACAAUGGGUAUAACCUGUCCUUAUGCCCAUGGCACCACCGAGUUACGAGUUACCACUGACUUCUACAAAACUUCUGUUUGCAGAUACUGGAAAAUGGGAGUAAAGUGCGAUGCUGGAAUCUUAUGUAGACAUGCACAUGGUGAAGUGGAACUAAGACCAAAGGCAGGCCGAUAUAUAAAUAAAAAGAAAGAUGAUACCUCUUCAUACUUAAAUCCAAAGAUGACUUACAGUAAUAGCUAUGGUAUGUUGGCAGAAAGAAAUACUUUAUAUAUACAAUCUUCUAGCCUACAUAGUUUGAAUGAACCUCUAUUUAAUGACUCAAAAUUAUAUCCUGAGGCAAAUGUUUGCUCUCAUUCAAACAAAAUGUAUACAUUAUCUGACAAUGAAAGUACUGCAAAUCCCAAUGAAUAUAAUCACAAAUCUGGAAUUAAAGGGACUAGAAUGAAACAUGCAAUGUCAAUGCACUGUGUAAGAGGAUGGGAUUUAGAUUUUAAUGGAGUCAAAGAAGAAUUUAUUAAUAAAGAUAAUUUUAAAAAUGACUUAUUUGUUAAACCAAUUUUAAAACCUGAAGAAUCUAUACAAAAAUUCUUUUCCAAUUCUAAUUUAGAUGAUAUAAAUAAAUUGGAUGAUACACAUAGUAAUAGCUUUGUAAAUUCAAAUACAGUUGUUACUGGGGCAUCAUCAUACAAUUCUUUGAAAAGAAUGGAAGGCAGUUCAAAUUCAUUAGUAUCAAAUAUAUCUGAUCUGAGUAUACAUGACGAUCUGAUCUUCAAUAAUUGGCAAUUGAAAUACCCACCAAAGAAAAGUUUAAUUUCUGAGAUAUCUCAUCCAAAUAUUGAUAAGACCACUACAUUAGAUGGAACAUUUAUAGAUAGUUCAUCAGAGAUUGAGACAUUCCACUUAAUAGAGGAUAAAACAGAACCAAAUAUUCAACAAGUACAACUUAUGGGACAAAAAAAGCAUAAUUGUUUAGAAAAUUCUUUAUCUUCUAGUGUUUCAGAAACUUGGGAUUUUUCUACACCAACACUAGUAGAAAUUAAAAAAUUAAACCCAACUGAAACUCCCUCAAUGAAAAGUGGCUCAAUUGCUGCUAUAUUACUUCCAAGUGAUAAUCAGAAAUCUGCAACUGUACACUUUUUAUCCAAUUCGAGGUCUUUAAUCUAGUUAUAAGAUAUGUUACAAGAGUUCUAAAAUGAAAUAUUUAACUAUUAAUUGUGUUUUUUCUAAAAUUCAAUUAUAUUAUUGCUUUUAGAGAUCUUAGAUUAAAUAUAAUUUUUUUUUUAGCAAUAGUUAGAAUAUUGGGAUUUUAUUAAUGUAUAUAUGAAA